AUGUCCAACAGCAGCUCCAUCAGGGACUUCCUCCUGCUGGCAUUGGCAGACACGCGGCAGCUGCAGCUCCUGCACUUCUGCCUCUUGCUGGGCAUCUCCCUGGCUGCCCUCCUGGGCAACGGCCUCAUCAUCAGUGCCGUAGCCUGCGGCCACCACCUGCACACACCCAUGUACUUCUUCCUGCUCAACCUGGCCCUCACUGACUUGGGCAUGAUCUGCACCACUGUCCCCAAAGCCAUGCACAAUUCCCUCUGGGACACCAGGAACAUCUCCUACACAGGAUGUGCUGCUCAGCUCUUUUUUUUUGUGUUUUUCAUGUCAUUAGAGCUUUCCCUCCUGACCAUCAUGUGCUACGACCGCUACGUGUCCAUCUGCAAACCCCUGCACUACGGGACGCUCCUGGGCAGCAGAGCUUGUGCCCACAUGGCAGCAGCUGCCUGGACCAGUUGCUUUCUUUAUUCACUGCUGCACACAGCCAAUACAUUUUCCCUGCCCAUGUGCCAUGGCAAUGCCCUGGGCCAGUUCUUCUGUGAAAUCCCCCAGAUCCUCAAGCUCUCCUGCUCCAAGUCCUACCUCACGGAACUUGGGCUUCUUGCUGUAAGUGUCUGUGUAGCCUCAAGCUGCUUUGUGUUCAUUGUUUUCUCCUAUGUGCAGAUCUUCAGGGCUGUGCUGAGGAUCCCCUCUGAGCAGGGACAGCAAAAAGCCUUUUCUACCUGCCUCCCCCAUCUGGCCGUUGUCUCCCUGUUUCUCAGCACUACCUUUUUUGCCUACCUGAAGCCCUCCUCCAUCUCCUCCCCAUCCCUUGAUCUAGCCCUGUCAGUUCUGUACUCAGUGGUGACUCCAGCCCUGAACCCCCUCAUCUACAGCCUGAGGACCCAGGAGCUCAAGGCUUUCAUGUGGGCACUGAUGACUGGAUGGUUUCAGAAACAUUAA